ACAGUCAAAAUUGAGCUGUUUUCAAUUUUUCAUGCUAUUUUCGCAUCGCACUUUUCGUUUUCAAGUUUUGCGAUUGAUUCCUUAUUGCCGUUUUUACAUUAUAGAAUUGUAAAUUCAUGGCAGAAUAUAGGUAUUUUUGAGGCGGUAUUGUGUAAAACUGCGCUUUUCAAUGUAUUCAUAAACCGGUUCACUUAAACAACAGUGAUAACUAUGGACUCUAGUCCAAGUCAAGAUGUAGCCCGUUCUGCUAACGGCUCUGAUAAUAAUGGUGAUGAUGAGGAAUCCGAUGAGCCUGAUGAUGAAGUUAAUCCCACUAGUACAGUUGAGGAGGACAAUGAAGGAGAUGCCCUGUCAGCAUUCCGUCAGCAAUGGCAGCGGGAGCUGGUGACCACUCCCUCGCCACAGAAGCAGGCUUCUCAACCCAAGGAGAAGGAAGAAACACCUCCACCAGACAAUGAUGAGGAAAAGGCUAAAAAGCUGUUCCUGCGAGGCAUAGAGCUGGAGCGCUACGGGCAGCUGUACGAGGCGGUGCAGCACUACAAGCGGGCCGUGCAGCUGCUGCCCGACGUGGAGCAGCGCCUGUACCAGUCCGGGGACCAUAGGGCUGACACUCCUGAAGUGGAAUCGGAGGCGGAAGCGGAGGCGCCCCGCGACGCGGCGCCGGCGACGGACUUGGAGUCGGACGACGAUGACGUGAGCGGCGACCUGGCGGCGCGCUUCCAGCGGAUACUGGCGAGGAAGGAGAGGUUCUGCGAGCCGGAGCUGCCGCAAAAGGGCGUGCACAUAUCCUGGCUGCCUCACGAGCUGGUACUAGUGGUGCUUCGCUGGGUGGUGAGCUCGGAGCUGGACGCGGCGUCGCUGGAGCGAGUGGCGCUCGCCUGCCGCGGACUGUACCUCGCCGCGAGGGACCCCGACCUGUGGCGCAGUCUGUGCGUCAGGACCUGGGGCCUGGACUGCGGCACCCCCAAGUCCCUCGGCUACCCGUGCUGGCGGCAGAUGUACGUGCGGCGAGCUCGCCUACUGCUGCACGGCUGCUACAUCAGCAAGACCACGUACCUGCGCCACGGGGAGAACGCCUACCAGGACACCUUCUACCGGCCCUGCUACCUCAUCGAGUACUACAGAUAUCUGAGAUUCUUCCCGGAAGGCCUGGUCCUGAUGUGGACGACGGCGGACGAGCCGGCGGCGUGCGUGGGGCAUCUCAAGAACAGAGCCACCAAGAAUAAUGUGCAAGGAAUCAUGUCGGGACACUACCGACUUAUUGGCGACAAGGUAAUAGUGGUGCUGAAGAAGACGUGCGACAAGAAGGCGGAGCGGCUGCCCGCGGCGCACACUCGCUUCCGCACGCGGCGUCGCGACCCGCCGUCGGAGCCGCAGGAGCAGAUGUACCAUCUGGAGCUGCAACUUCGCGCGGUGAAGUCUCGCCGCAACUGGCAGCUGGCGUGGCGCGGCUACUCCGUGGCGAGCCGGCGCGACCAGUGGACCGCCUUCGAGAUACAGCCGGCCAAGUUCCCGCCCUUCUCCUUCAGCCGCGUGCGCAACUACACGGCCGACAGCGCAGCGCCGCUCUACUGAUCUAGUGCUGGAUAUUCGCGAAGGUAUACGGCGGGAUCUUUGCGAUACAGUGAGUGAGAAAUAAGUCGAGUGAUAUAUUGUUUAUUUUUAAUCACACAAAUAUUAAUAUAAUAGAACAAUGUUGAUGAUGAAAACAAAAAAAAUACAAAAGACCAGACUUUACACAGUUUGAGAUUGUUGUGGAUACCCUUGUAAAUGUUAGUGGUGUAACAUAAUAAUAUUAGGUGUAAGUGACCUUUCCCUUCUUCGCUUUUAACUAUUCUGCGUUCUUAUGCCCUUGUCUUAAACCCCUAAUCUCCGACGAUGAUAUAAGUUUCAAAUACUUAUACAUAAUUAUGAUAAUUUAAGACAUUAAUUAUAAUUAACCUCCGUAUUCAUAGACAUACAUAUGAUUUGUAGGUCAGCGUGAAACAAGCUAGUUUUCGACGUUUUUACGGCGUUUUCGGGUUAUAAUUUGUGGUCAUGACACUUCUCUAGUAGUGUAUUCGAAAGGUGCUACAGAAUUUUUAUAAAGUUUUUUUCUUAUUACCCUUUUCUUUACGUAGGCAAAACUUUUUCGGUUUAUAAUUUAAUUCUAUGACCCGAUUGAAUAUGAUAAGUCCCUACAAGCGAUGUUAAUUAAGUGCAAAAUAAUAGGUUGUGUUUUUAUAAAUUUAGAGAUCAACCUUACUACUCACAGUGCAAUAUAAUUUAUAACAAUUAGGUGUCUUGUUAAUUCGGCGAUCCGUCUUCAAGCAUAAUAUUUACAUAACAAAAAUUGUAUGAGGGUAUGUAAUAUAAGAAUGUGACGUCCUGUUUUUAAAUUCAGCAUUUGACUACUUGGCAUUGGUGCUUAUAUUCUUAUAAAACCUUUUGGCACAGUAACUGAAUUCAGAAACUAGACUCUAAUUAAUGAUUAAGCAAAAAAGUUGUAUAGAUUAAGAUGUAACUAUUUAUAAUUUUUAUGCACUGGCCAAUCUGUCUUUCAACUAAAACAACAAUUAAACUUACACUUAUUUAGGAAAAUUUUAAAAUAAUUAUGAUUUGUUGAUGUUUGAUGUUUCAUUAAAAACGAAAAAUAUGCUAAGAUA